GAUACCAUCACUGCGUUCGUCAGGUCGCCCCAAAUAAAGGAAACAGGAGCCUGCAUGGACGGUGUGGUGACAGCGCAGCCUGGUGGCAGACUGGGGAACCUGCUGGUGGAGUAUGCGUGCUCCGCCAUUUUGGCGAACCGGCACCACCUACGGCUGGCCAUGCCUGCCAGGAUCCUCGAGCCGCUGUCCGCCAUCUUCCACAACCUCAGUGCAGAACCGCUGGGCCGAGUUUUGCAGCAGCCGCCAUGUGAAGGAAACCUCACAGAGGAGGGGUUCCUGGACGACCCGAAGCACCAGCUCCUGACGUGGGGAUCUGUAGAGAAGACACUGAGCCACCUGAGAAGCAAACACUUGCCACUCAUUUUCAAGAAGUACAUGAUUCUACCAGAGUAUCUCGCACCCUCCUUGGAAUUUUUGCGACAAGAAUUCCGUUUUCGGCCGGAAUUGCAGAGUGUCGCAAGCGAAAAGUUGCACAGGAUUAGACUGGAGACAGCGAGCGCCACUGGCACAAACUACACCCAGGUGUGCACGGUGGGGGUGCAUGUGCGCAGGACGGACUACAAAGAGUUCAUGCAGAACAUGUUCCAACUGAAGCAAGCGGCCGGCCUCUCAUACUACAAGGCAGCGGCGGACGCCAUGUUGACAGACCUGCGCCACGAGUGCGCUGCCGUCGCUUUCGCCGUAACGAGCGACGACAACCAGUGGUGCCAACAGAACUUGCUGCCCACUCUCACCAGGAAUGCGUCUAAGGACUCGCCAGCCAGUGUGGGGUUCCUGAUGACCUCGGACUCCCCAGGAGAUGACCUGUGCCUGCUGUCCUCCUGCCAGCACCUCAUCAUGACCUACGGCACCUUUGGACUGUCAGCCGCCAUCUUGUGUGGAGGGAGAACAAUCGUAUAUGAUGCUCCCAGUCACGGCGCCAAGGAUGGGCCCUCAGCCCACAAGAUGGCGACCAUGGUGCCUGGAUGGCGACUCGUCGCGUAA